GCAAUGGCAACAAGGCCAUUCCUUCCUGUUUUUCUUCCAACAUUGCUGCUGGUCCUUCCACUGGAAAGCCACAUCUUUAAUUGAUUCUACAAAGGCAUAUGGCAAUUUGCUGAGAAUGAUCUGGAGAUCUUCCAUGGAUGAAGCUCACCUCAUGCAAGAACAUGGAAAUGGAAGAUUGAUUUGCUAAAUUUGGCUUCCUUUCAAUCUAAUCAUGGAAGGUAUAACCGAUCAAGUCCAAUGCAGAACCAAAUCGGAUUCGACAGUGAUGAGAAUCCUGCGAUGUGCAAUGGAUGAGCGACACGAAAAGCUGCAGUCGAGAGGUGGUCUUUUCGAGUUCCUACAUGACCGAGCAACCUUCUACGAGCUUGCGGCUGUCCUAGUGGAGGGAGGACUGAAUAUUGUCCGAGAAGAGACAGAUGGCAACUCUGAUAAUAUCCUGUCUGAUUUGGUUGAAAUCAAGAAGUGGCUCGAGGGACGGAUCGAGGAAUUGAAUGAGCUAAUAGUCGAAAAGGACAAAGAACUUAUGGAGAGGUUGGAGAAUGAGUUGAAGCUUCAGCAAACACUCGAGCUGAAGGAUGCUGAAAUUGUUCGCUUGCAGGAGAAGCUAAUGAAGUAUGAGGAUGUCCUGAAACCUGAUCGACCAAUCCAGGAGGGCCUUUCCGAAGAGGACAUCCUUAAACUCAAAACUUCGGACGAUCAACAAAUGGGGUUCAUGAAGAAGCAGCUAGAGGAUGAGGUGAAGAGCCCGGUUCUUGACAGGAGGACGAGAAAGCAUCACACCUCAAGUCCAAAUCUUAGCUUCGACUUCUUGGAUAAGGAAAGUAACGAAAGCCCAGCUUUAUGCAAACAUGGAUCUUUUAUAUUCGAGGGAACAAAUGCAAAGAGUCAGCCUUCAAGGCCUGUCCAAAAGCACACACUCAUAAAGCGGAUGAGUUCAGACAUCGGCUCUUUGAAAGAUAUUCUCGAUCUUGCAUUUGGGAAGAUGCAAGAAGCUGAGGUGUUGCCGCUCGAAAAAGAAUGGAGAUGGAACAUCGAGAAGGAUGUCGCCUCAGUUUUUCUACAAGGUGUUGUAAGAGAUAUACGAAAAAGCUCCAUCGAAGUGGAGGGCUUAAGAGAAGAAGUAGAAAAGGCGAAAAACGAAAGAGACAGCUUAAAGUACACUUACCAGUUUCUUGCAAGAACCAUGGUUGAGGAUGUCUGUGGACUUUCUUGCAAUAAACAAAUGGACAUUGAAGACGGGAGUUUCGGAGUUUUCGACGAAUUAAAAUCAGCUUUGAAUCAGAUUGUUCAGCAUUGCUUAGAGAGCACAGUAAGGGAGGAUAUAUAUAUGAUUUUCGUUAGGGAAAAAUCAGAGCAACUGAAGAGAAUUGCAGAAGAACAGUUCAGGAAAGAACAUCCAGCAAAGUUCACUUCAAUUCAAGAGACUUCUUUCGAUGCAGCAACAUUCGAUUAUACUCUAAUGGAGUCGACAAUGAGCUUGAUGAAGGAAGAUAUAUACAUGGUUUAUUUUAGGGAUAUGAUCGAAUCGUGGAUGUUAGAAACAAACGACAGAGGCAUCGAGAGUCUUGUUAGGGAGAAUACGAACGAUUUUAUCAUCGGCGAGGCUGUAAGAGAUUUAUGCAUCAAUUUAAGCAAAGCGCAGGCGGCAAGACAGUUGUGCAUUCAGGAUCGUACGCCUCGCUCUUUGAAUUUGGACUUUCAAGGAAGCACGCCGCCGCGUUCUAGGAAAUUCGACGCGGAUGGAGAGGACAUCCUGAUUCAAAAGAUCGAUUCUUUGUCGAAAUGCCUGGAUGCAGAGGAAGAUCUGAUGCUGAAAGCAAGCUGUGAAAUACAGGAGCACAAUGUGAACAAUAGUUUGGUCAUCCUCAACUGCGAAGAGAACGAAGAGCGCGACGUGAUCAAAUGGUUGAUAACCGACGACGAAAGUACCUUCACUUCAGUGAGUCAUAAGCUGGAGAGAGCUCUGCAGCAGGUGUACACAAGCAAGGAGUUGCUGGUGGAGUUAGAGCAGAGUCUGGAAGAGCCUGGCGACGAAGCGGGAGAGCAUGACGAUAUUAGGGAGCUGGUUUCACCCAACGACAUUUUAGGGAUUACCAUGCAAUUUCAGCUGAUGUUCGAGGAUUUCGACUGCGCUGUACGUGAAAAGCUAGAGAGGAAUCGGUCGAGGCUCGAGGAAUUGAAGUGUCGAAUUAAUACAGCAACGGAAGGCGCAGCCUUACCGAGGAAAAGAAAAUUGGUGUACAAAAAGGCCUUCAUUUCAACUAGUCACAACUUGAAAUUAGCAGAAACAGAGGUUGAUUUGCUGGGGAAUCAAGUGGAUGACCUGUUGUGCCUGUUGCAUAGGAUACAUAUUGAAUUGCACAAAAAUGCUGCAGCUUUGUCAAGACAUUUUGAGGUUUAUGAAAUAUUGAAGUUGAUCAAGGGAGAGUUAGGCAACAGGGGUCCAUCUUGA